UCAGCGGAUUGUGUCGGUAUCUUCUUCGAUCCCACUACCGUAACGGCAGGUUUAGUCUUUUCUCGUUACGAUCGGCCAAUUCUUCCUGCGUGUCGACAUAUAAUUCAGUGAGCAAUCGUGUUAUUUUCGUUUGAAAAAUGAAGUUUUGUACGCUGGUAUUUUUAGUAAUAUUCUCCGUCGCCGCUACUCUCGCGAAAAUUGAAACCGAGGAUGCCGUGUUAGUGCUGACGAAAGAUAAUAUUGAAGAAGCUAUCGAGCAAAAUGAUUAUAUGCUCGUCGAAUUUUAUGCUCCGUGGUGUGGACAUUGCAAAGCCUUGGCUCCGGAAUAUGCCAAAGCAGCAAUGAAAUUAGAGGAAAUUGGUUCUCCUGUAAAGUUAGCUAAGGUUGAUGCGACUGUGGAAACAGAGUUAGCUGAGAAGCAUGAUGUUAAAGGAUAUCCCACCCUUAAAUUCUACCGCAAGGGUAAUGCUAUUGGUUACAACGGUGGUCGUAAAGCUGAUGAUAUUAUAAACUGGGUAACAAAGAAGAGUGGUCCAGCUGCUAAAGAUUUACCAACGGUCGACGAAGCUAAAUCAUUUAUCAAAGCACACAAUGUUGCAAUUGUUGGAUUCUUUAAGGAUGCAGAGUCAGAUGGAGCAAAAGUAUUUAUGGAAGUUGCAAAUACCAUUGAUGAUCAUGGAUUUGCUGUCACCAGCAGCGAGGAAGUUAUGAAGGAAUAUAAUGUGGAAGAUGGUAAAGUGGUUUUAUUCAAGAAGUUUGACGAAGGCACAAACGAAUUUACUGAAGAGCUUGAUGUCAAGAAACUCCAAAACUUUAUCUUUAUACAUGCACUGCCUUUAGUUGUCGAAUUUAGUCAAGAUACAGCGCAAAAGAUUUUCAGUGGUGACAUCAAGAGCCAUCUUCUUAUAUUCCUUAGUAAGGAAGCUGGUCACUUUGAGGAAUAUGUAAAACAGAUUCAGGAACCAGCAAGGAAAUUCCGUGGAGAGGUCUUAUUCGUUACCAUUAAUGCCGAUGAGUCUGAUCACGAACGCAUCUUAGAAUACUUUGGCAUGAAGAAGUCCGAAGUACCUGUCAUGCGUAUUAUCAAGCUCGAAAAGGAUAUGUCUAAGUACAGGCCAGAAAAUCCCGAAAUAUCCAGCGAAAAUAUUUUAGAAUUCGUCACUGCUUUCGUUGAAGGGAAACUGAAGAGACAUUUACUUACACAAGACUUGCCCGAAGAUUGGGACAAAAACCCCGUGAAAGUUCUUGUUGGUACUAACUUCCAUGAAGUUGCAUUUGAUAAGAAGAAGGACGUUUUAGUUGAAUUUUACGCUCCAUGGUGUGGACACUGUCAACAACUGGUUCCUACUUACGAAGCACUAGGAGAAAAAUUCAAGGACAGUGAAGACAUAGUUAUAGCGAAAAUGGAUGCUACUGCAAAUGAAUUGGAAGAUGUGAAUGUUAUGACCUACCCAACAAUUAUCCUUUAUAAGAAAGAAACUAACGAAGCUAUCGAAUGUACCGGUGAUAGAACACUCGAGGGACUUUCCAAAUUUGUUGAGUCUGGUGGUGCUAUCAGUCGAGCUGCAGAGGAAGCUCAAGAAGAAGAUGAGGAUGAUGAUGUGCCAAGGAAAGACGAAUUAUAAAAGUUAUAUCAUUAAAAAAUGAAUCAAAUAAUUUUCCAUUUCUAUUUGCAGUUGAUAAACUUCAUGAUUCUACUUAAAAGAUGUAAACCCUUUGCGGAUGAAUGCCACCAAGUGACCGCAUUAAUUUUUUACAUAUAAUGUUGAAUGUCGCUUAAAAAUGACAAACUACUGCAAAAUAGGUAUAAAUAAUAAUUCACAUUAUGUCACAGAGUUUACAGUUUCACUCAUCUGACAGUACCUUUUGGGUGCCACGUAGUUCAGUCUACCUACCUUGUAGUGGUCUGCACCAAUAGCGACAGUUUUUCAUAUACGCAGGAAAUUCAAUAUAGUUCAUUUUUGUCGGUAUUUAUCUGCAAAAGGUUAAUUUAUAUGAGACUUCUUACUCACACAU